GGCUUCACACACACACUCGGACACACAUCUCCAAUCUUGAGCACACAGCCACACACACACACACCAUAUCGCUCAAGUUCCAAUGGAGGUACAGGAACUAGUACCGUCGCCAUGGUCGUCGUCCUCGUCCUUCCUAGUGCUCGUGCUGGCCACCUUGCUCUUCGUCGCCGCCUUCCUCCGGCGGCGACAGGGAGCGCGGCGCAAGUACAACAUCCCGCCGGGGCCUCGCCCAUGGCCGGUGAUCGGCAACCUGAACCUGAUCGGCGCCCUCCCGUACCGCUCCAUCCGCGACCUCUCCCGGCGGUACGGCCCGCUCAUGUCCCUCCGGUUCGGCUCCUUCCCCGUCGUCGUGGGCUCGUCGGUGGACAUGGCCAGGUACUUCCUGAGGGCCAACGACCUGGCGUUCCUGGACCGGCCGAGGACGGCCGCCGGCAGGUACACCGUGUACAACUACGCCGGCGUGCUGUGGUCGCACUACGGCGAGUACUGGCGCCAGGCGCGCCGGCUGUGGGUCACGGAGCUCCUCAGCGCGCGGAGGCUGGCGUCGACGGAGCACGUCCGUGCCGAGGAGGUGCGCGCCAUGCUGCGCGGCCUGAGCCGCCGCGCGGGCGCCGGCACCGCCGUGGUGCUCAAGGAGCACAUGCUCAUGGUGACGCUCAACGUCAUCUCGCGCAUGGUGUUCGGGAAGAAGUACAUCGUCGAGGAGGGGGAGGGUUCGUCGCCGACGACGGCGGAGGAGUUCAGGUGGAUGAUCGAGGAGAUCUUCUUCCUCAACGGCGUGUUCAACAUCGGCGACAUGGUCCCGUGGCUGGGGUGGCUGGACCCGCAGGGGUACAUCGGGAGGAUGAAGAGGCUGGGCGGCAUGUUCGACCGGUUCCUGGAGCACAUCCUGGACGAGCACGUCGAGCGGCGGCGGCGAGAGGGCGACGGGUUCGCCGCCAGGGACAUGGUCGACCUGCUGCUGCAGUUCGCCGACGAUCCCAGCCUCAAGGUUCCCAUCCAGCGGGAUGGCGUCAAAGCAUUCAUUCUGGAGCUGAUCACGGGCAGCACGGACACAACAUCGGUGUCGGUGGAGUGGGCCAUGUCGGAGGUCCUGAGGAAUCCGUCCGUCCUCGCCAGGGCCACCGACGAGCUGGACCGCGUGGUCGGCCGCCGCCGCCUCGUCGCCGAGGGCGACAUCCCCAACCUCCCCUACCUCGACGCCGUCGUCAAGGAGAGCAUGCGGCUCCACCCCGUCGUGCCGCUCCUCGUCCCGCGCGUCUCCCGCGAGGACGCCUUCUCCGUCUCCGUCGCCGGCGCCGCCGCUAGCUACGACAUCCCGGCGGGCACCCGCGUGCUCGUCAACGUGUGGGCCAUCGGGCGCGACCCGGCGGUGUGGGGGGACGACGCGGAGGAGUUCCGGCCGGAGCGGUUCGCCGCCGGCGGGGAGCGCGGCGGCGUGGACGUGAAGGGGCAGGACUUCGAGCUGCUGCCGUUUGGGUCGGGGCGGCGGAUGUGCCCGGGGUUCGGACUGGGGUUGAAGAUGGUGCAGCUGACGCUGGCGAAUCUGCUGCACGGCUUCGCGUGGAGGCUCCCCGGCGGCGCGGCGGCGGAGGAGCUGAGCAUGGAGGAGAAGUUCGGGAUAUCCGUCUCCCGGUUGGUCCAGCUCAAGGCCAUUCCCGAGCCCAAGCUCCCGGCACAUCUCUAUGAUGAAUAAUUCAUGCACUGACGGGCCGCAUGCAUGUAUGCUCGUAUGUGCGCUCUCUCUCUCUCUCUCUGAGUUCAUAGUUAUAUUUUACUGCAGAGUACUUGUUUAUUUAUCGAUCUACACGCAGAUGAUAAACGGAGUACAGUAUAAUGAAAAAAAGUUUUUCUUUUUUUUUAC